GAGAGAGAAAAAAAAAAAAAAAAAAAAACCUAAUCAAAGAUGGCUCGUACUAAGCAAACUGCUCGUAAGUCUACUGGAGGAAAGGCCCCUAGGAAGCAACUCGCCACCAAGGCUGCUCGCAAAUCUGCUCCAACUACUGGAGGUGUGAAGAAGCCUCACAGAUACAGACCUGGAACUGUCGCCCUUCGUGAAAUCCGUAAGUAUCAGAAGAGUACUGAACUUCUAAUCAGGAAACUGCCUUUCCAGAGGCUUGUUCGUGAAAUUGCUCAGGACUUUAAGACUGAUCUGCGUUUCCAGAGCCACGCAGUGCUGGCACUCCAAGAGGCUGCUGAAGCUUAUCUUGUGGGACUGUUUGAGGACACCAACCUGUGUGCAAUUCAUGCCAAGCGUGUCACCAUCAUGCCCAAAGACAUUCAGCUUGCUAGGCGUAUCAGGGGAGAGAGGGCUUGAUUCAUCAUCGUAGUUACCAUCUAUGCUACUAAAUUCUAGACAGUAUUCAGCUUUUAGUUUGUCUGUACUUGGUAUUCAAUUUCUGUUCUUCUUGAUAAGAUCGUAAGACCUAUGCUUAAGUUUGUCAAAUGAUUGGUUGAGAUUGAACUAUUAGUAUGUGACUAUUUGUUGUUUGUUCUUCC